AGGAGAAAAAGAAUUUCGAGUCUCCUCCAAAAUCUCAAGAGCUAUGGACGAACAUGAAUUUCGCAGCAUUCUCGAUCUCUUCCCCGUCGUGCGUCCCCGUGAUUAUCGUGCCGACUUGGAUUCAUCAAGGCAAUCAAUUUCACAGCCCGUGCAGGAGAGUGAGGUGAUGAAAUGGCAUGAUGCGUGGACAGAUGAGGACCAGACAGGCUUCCGAAACCAAGAGACUGAUCAAGAUAAGUUUUGGGAGAAUCUGAAAUCGGCUGCAGAGAAGAAGGUUGGCAAGAUCGAAGCAGAGAGGUUCUGCAAGGCUUUCCAGCGAAUUCACAAUAAACUCGUCUAUGAAGAAUUGGAUCGGGAUACUGCAAAGCGGUUCUUGAACUCAUGAGAGGCGGCGAUUCUUCUGAAAACUCUCGUUGAGAUGCUGUGGACAGUUUCUUUCACAAAACCUUGUUCCCCAGAUAGAGAAAGAACACCAGAUGUUAGGACAAAGAUUCGAUGAUCUUUUAUGUAAUGUUUUAGGCAAUGCACUGUCCUGCAAGACUGCAACUGUUCUGAAGAGUUCAUGUCUGUCUAUGGAAAUCUGAUCUCUUGCGUGUUCCCGUGAUA